AUGGAGGAGGCAGGCACCCACCCGGUCCGGCCAGAGUCUCGCGUGGUGAGUGCCACCCUGACCUGGCGGCAUCGGCCCCCUGCCCAGGAGGAGGUCCGGCACCGCUUCCACAAAGUCUCACUGGUGUCACCCAGGGGAGGUGGUGCUCCCCAGGAGGAAUCGUAUGCGUAUACCUACCAUCGAGAGGAAGUCAAUGGCGUCACCACGUGUGAAGAGGAGGCUGUGAACUCUCAGGGGCCCAAAAUCAGGGUCAAGGACCCCCCUGAGGACCUAAAUCCAGGUGAUACAAAGAAAUUCCUAAGUCAUGAGCCCAUCUUCUCCAAGAUGUACACACCACUCCCGAAGGACAGGAGGCACCAGGGGAGGCCGAAGGAGCCUGGCGCCCAGAUCCACGGCAGCACCCCUACUCUGGCAGAGACAUCAAGACUCAGCGCUGCUUCUGGUGCCCUGGCAGAGGGACCAAUAGCGGGGCCCCGGGAGGCAAGUCCUCACCCUGGCCUGGGCUCCUCUUGUGGAACCUUCCGAGGCUCCGAGGAGAGGCGGGUGACUCGGACCGUGCGCACCACCACCGUGGUGGGAGGGCGGGUAGAAAGACGUACAAGCAGCUCGGUAGUGAUUGGACCCACGGGGGGUGAAGGGGUGCCUCGGGGCAGACACCUAGCCCGAACUGUCCGAGCUGUUGUGGUAGGCUCCCGUCCUGAGGACUCCCCAUCACCCAGUCGGAGCCAGGCCCUGGAAAUCCUCGCCUCUCUGGUACCCCCUGAACCCCACCCCGCAAAAACUGAGGCUGUGAGACAGAGUCGGCUACCCCGGGCCAUUCCCAGGGUCCAAGGGGCCCCCCUAAACCAAGUGGGAGCUUCAGAGACUCAAGGACAGCUGCCAAAGUUUGGGGAGACUAGCCAAGAAGAAGGUAAUAUCCCCAGGGCUAUUGGCAUCAUUGCCGAUGCCUGUUUGUCCAGAGAGAGGGAAGUACCUAUUACUAGGCUGCCUGUGUCUAGAAGUGACCCUACUCCUCUUGAGUUUCCUCCUCAGGGUCUCCCCAACAGGACUUCAGUUCUAUCUUCUCCUGGACCCCAGCAACAGAGCACCCUCACUGACCCUGAACUGCCUACACUGUGUCGUGGCCCCAGUGCCAAGCUCCCCUCGGAGUCUAGGAUAGCCUCAACCCCAUCCCAGGUGAAAAGCGAGGUUGUCCCGAGCCCUGAAGCUCCCCAGGGUUCCUCCUUCAAGAGGACUGAGGUUGGCAUGGGCUCUGAAACUCCUCUUGUACCACCCCCCAAAAGGGACAAAGUUGUUCCAGAAUCUAGAUCUCUUACUCCAUCACCCAAAAGAGACGAGGUUGACGUGAGCUCUGGAGAACCUCUUGUUCCAUCUUCCACAGAGAAUGAGGUUGUUCCAGACUCUGAAACUCCUCUCAUCCCAUCCCCAACAAAGACCGAAACUGUUACAGGAUCUGGAAUCCCUCUUAUCCCAUCUCCAAAGAAGACCGAGAUUGUUCCAUGCCCUGGAACUCCUCUUGUCCCAUCCCCUGGAACUCCUCUUGCCCCAUCCCCAACAAAGACCGAAACUAUUACAGGAUCUGGAAUCCCUCUUAUCCCAUCUCCAAAGAAGACCGAGGUUGUUCCAUGCCCUGGAACUCCUCUUGUACCACCCCCUGGAACUCCUCUUGUCCCAUCCCCUGGAACUCCUCUUGUCCCAUCCCCUGGAACUCCUCUUGUCCCAUCCCCAUCAAAAACUGAGGUAGCCCCUGUCCCUGGAACCUCUCUUGUUCCAUCCCUGAUGAAAAAUGAGGUUGUGCCAGGCUCUGGAAGUCCUCUCGUCCCAUCUGCAACAAAGACUGAAGUUGUGGGGGGACCCAAAGACCCUGCUGCCCCAUCUCCCUUGGAGGCUGAGGCUUCCAUCCAGAUUGGGCCCUCACAGGAACCCACCAAGGAUGAAGUCAAGCAGGAGUCUAUUGGAGAGGAAGAAGAAGGAGUAGCUCUGGCCGCUGACCUGGAGCUCUUCCUGGACACUCUGCGGAGCAUGGAGGCUCCUGAGAUUCUUCGCACCCACAGGCUGCCCCGGGCACCCCGCUCUUCUUAUCUGGCCAUGUACGCCACACUGCCUGCCAUCGAUGAGGACCAGGCCCAGACCUGGACUCCAGGACACGGCCCUGAGCUAGGGCUGGAGUCAGAACCGGAGCCAGAGCCAGAGACGGAGCCCGAGUCAGAUGAGGAGCCAGAGAACCCCUACCUCAGUGAUGACGAGAAGCUCCAGCGGCGCCAGGAGAAGGCCAGCCCUUCUCCAGGACUCUUCUGGGACAAGCGAGCCUCUCGGCCGCCCCCCGAAACCCGCUCGCCUCUAGACAUGAUGAAAUUGCAUGUGGCUGAGGCUCAGGGGCCACAGGCCACUGAGAUGGGCCCAAGGAGGGGGGCUGCCGGAGCUCCUGCUUCCCGCCUUGGGGGCAGCCUCCUGUUUGGAGGAGGGGAUGCGGCCCCUCCGGCCACUCUGGGGACUAAGUUAUCUUCCCUGAAGCCCCAAGCAUCACCCGGCCUGGAGAAGGGCCCUGGGCGCCUACCCCUGCUCUCCAGCCAGGGGAAGCCACAGGUCCAGGCUGAAGCCAAGACUUCCAUUCAACUUCCUGAAGGCAGGAGUUGGGAAGAGAAGAAACAAGGAAAGCUCAACACCAGACCGGGAAAGAUCAUCCUGUUCUCCGAGCCAGGCUGCAAGGGAGAAGCCCGGGAGGUCUGGCAGGAUGUCGCUGAUGCCACAGGCUGGCUUCCCCCUACAGCUUCCCUCCGGGUGCUCAGGGGCGGGUGGAUGCUGUAUGAGAAGCCUGGAUUCCAGGGCCAGAAGCUGGUCCUGCCUGAGGGGGACCUGGAGCUCGGGGCAUCAGGAGCAGUGUGGAGUUCGGGGGCAGUGGGCUCCCUCCAGAGGACCGUCAGGGAUUAUGUCAUCCCUGAGAUCAGCCUGUUCUCAAAGGAGGGCAAUGAGGGUGUCCAGGUGAAGUUGACGGAAGCCUUGGAGGAUACCCAGGGACAGGGACAGCCCUUACUUGCAUCAUCUGUCACUGUCACUGCUGGACUGUGGUUGUUGUACUCCAAACCCUACUAUACCGGGGUUCCCUGCAUCCUGGAGCCUGGAGUCUAUCCCACCCCGGAAGCCUGGGGUUCUUCUGACCCUCACGUCAACUCCUUGAAGCCCUUGAGACUGGGUUGUCCCACCGUGGAGAAGCCGGGGGAGCCCAAGGCCCUGGUGUAUGAGGCCACAGACUUCCAGGGCCACUGCUGGGAAGUGAGCCGAGAUAUCUACGACCUAAGGAAGCCAGAAGAUGGGCAGAGCCCCAACAUAGCCACUGUGGGUUCCCUGCGUAUCCUGGGGGGCUGCUGGGUAGGCUAUGAGAAAGAAGGUUUCCGAGGACACCAGUACCUGUUAGAAGAAGGCGAGUAUCCAGACUGGUCCCACUGGGGCGGCUAUGAUGAAUCCCUGAGCUCCCUGAGGGUCAUCCGCACGGUACCAGUGAAGAAACUUCCGAGUGUGGUGAGGCCCUGUGGGAACUAG